AUGCGGCUGCUACACAGAGACAUUGAUCGGGAUGGGGUAGGCACGAUUACCCUCUUGCCCGAGGAACUGGAGGACAUGUGGCAUGCAUACAAUCUCAUCGCCGUUGGUGAUCACGUGCGCGCGACCACCCUCAGGAAGGUACAGCAAAGCUCGAGCACGGGUUCGGUGAAGAACGAACGCGUGCGGCUCACUCUCACCAUCGCCGUCGAAAACAUCGACUUCGAGGCCGAGGCCGGCGUCCUCCGACUCAAGGGCACCAACGUCUCCGAGAGCCAGCACGUCAAGAUGGGGGCGUACCACACGAUCGAUCUGGAGAUGAACAGGAAGUUCACGCUGCAGAAGACCGAGUGGGACGCCAUCGCGCUGGAGCGGGUGGAGACGGCCACCAAUCCCGCGCGAACGGCGGACGUGGCGGCGGUGAUCAUGGCCGAGGGCCUGGCCCAGGUGUGCCUCAUCACCUCGAGCAUGACCAUCGUGCGCCAGCGCGUCGAGUCCACCAUCCCGCGCAAGCGCAAGGGCUCCGCUUCGCUCCACGACAAGGCGUUGAACAAGUUCUACGAGAACGUGAUGCAGGGUAUCUUGCGACACGUCAAUUUUGAGAUCAUCAAGUGCGUCAUCAUCGCCAGCCCCGGCUUCGUCCGCGAACAGUUCUUCGAGUACAUGAACGCCGAGGCCAUCAGGCGUGACAUCAAGUUGCUCAUCGAGCACAAGAGCAAGUUCGUGCUCGUCCACUCCUCGUCGGGCCACAAGCACUCGCUCAAGGAGGUGCUCUCCGACCCGAACGUGGCGCCGCGGCUCGCCGAAACGAAGGCGGCCGGCGAGGUCAAGGCCCUCGACGAAUUCUUUGAGAUGAUGCGCAACGACUCCGACAGGGCCUUCUACGGCUACAACGACAUCGUGAUCGCGGACUCGCGCAUGGCGGUGCAGUCCCUUCUGCUCACGGACGAGCUGUUCCGCGCCUCGAACAUCGCCACGCGCAAGAAGUACGUCCAGCUGGUCGAGUCAGUUCGCGAGCACGGCGGCGACGUCAAGAUCUGCUCCGCGCUCCACGUCUCCGGCGAGCAGCUGAAGCAGUUGGGCGGCGUGGCGGCGGUGCUCCGGUUUCCGCUGCCCGACGUGGGCGGAGACGAGGAGAGCGAAGAGGAGGAGGAAGGCGCCGACAAGGACGGCCAGUCCUCCUCGUCCGAAGCCGAGCCCAAGCCCUGA